UACUACGGCCAUCGUGAAAAGCUCAAAGCAAUCGGCAGAGAGGGAGACUUGGAAAGCUUAAACCUGAAGGCCUUGAAAAUGGCGCGAGAAGUUGCAGACGCCAAUGGUUGCCUGAUGGCGGGAAAUAUUUGUAACACGACGGUGUUUGAUUUGGCCGAUCCUGGGACUGUGGAGAUGGCGCGAGGAAUGUUUAAGGAGCAGAUUGAAUGGGCGCUGAAGGCCGGGGCUGACUACAUCAUUGCGGAGACGUUCAGCGCUCUAACCGAGGCGAAAACGGCACUGGAAGCCAUUCAGCAGUACGGCAAUGGGCCCAGUGGCCGCACUGCCAGUACCGGUCCGCACAACAUCCGCUGAGAAAUCCAUGUACAGCGCCCGGGACCCGCGAGAUGGCCGGCUGGUGUUCCCCGAGGACGUAGCAUGCCGCCAGUGCAGCCGGUCAGACAUCCGUCAGUUCGCCCAGGAGGCUAGAAGGCUGGGGGUCAAGUACAUCGGCCUGUGCUGUGGCGCCACUCCGGCCCUGCUCCGCGAGGUGGCACAGGUGUACGGCAAGAAGGCCAGGCUGAGCAAGUACGCUCCGGACACCAGCCGCAGCUUCUACCUCAAGGCGGGCGCCUCGGAGAGUGGCCUAACUAUGAGGGCCUUUAUGUUCGGGGAGAAGGACGCCUGGCCUUGAAGGGACGUUUUGUUGUUUUGUUUUAGUAAGUGUUUUACGGCACUUGCGAGACAAUGAGGUCAUAUAAGUGUCGAAGAUUAGAGGUGUUACAAGAGAGUAACAAACACAAAGAGGAGGGGAGAUAAAGACGAUGGAUGUUUGAUAGGAAAUAAGAAGCAAACCUCACCAGAGCACCCACCAACCACCCACGAAUAGAUCUUUUGUUUAAGAGAAAGGGAAGCACAUCGACAUAAUAUAAUAAUGGUCAUUUAAUGCUGCAGAAAAAGUAAGACAGAACAGAUAGAAACAAUAGAGGGAAAGUAAAGAACUAGGACCUACAACCAACAAUGUCCUCGAACCACCCGCACAUCACCCGCAUGAAGCGAUCUUGCGACCAAAAUACAGCAAAAUACAACUAA